UGCAGUGGUUCUUACAGGCAUCUAUAGGAGCGAGACGAGAGUCAGUGCUAUUUCAGAACGACUGGUAUGACUACAAGAUCCGCUACUUUGGGAAAGGAGAGGAUUCCCUCCCAGAGGGUUGGAGUACAGAAAACUACGAUGACAGUCAGGAGUGGAGAAGUGUUGAACACAGAGAUUUAUGGCGCCUAGAGUGCGAAAAGUUCGGCCUGGACAUAUCAAUCCAUGAUUUUUCAUACAUCAUACCGUUGCCGCUCCGAUGCAUAUGAUUGGGGCUAUUUCUUCCAUCCGAUUCCUGUGGGAGAAAAGCUGGAGCCAUCGCCGGGCGGUUUUGACGUAGAGCCUCCUUUCGGACGAUAUCUCUGCGCGGAGACGACUCAGUUGAGGCUCAGAGCUUUCAAAGCUCCUGGGAGUUAUGUGAGGGACACGUUGGGUGAAGACGUGGAAGACAAAGAACCAGGCAAAGACCUCAAUGACCAGAUGGGAGUAGAAGAAGCGGAUGAAGAAGCGGCAAAUCCCGAAUGGCAGGACUGUCGUUGCGAAGUCAAGGUUCUCGGAUACAGUGGAUACAGUGUCCGGGACUAUAAAGUUAUCCUCUGUGAUAACUCGGGAGAAGCCGUUGGCGUCUUAUUCCCCAACCUAGCCGACGACAUACAAAAGAGAUGGGAUGCUGGGAGCCAGGGGAUUGAAGUAGACCUUGUUGCUAUCUCGCGCGGGCAUACCAUCUGCUGGCCACAAGUUCAAUACCCGGAAAAAUGGAACUUCUACCAUGUCCUUUGGGUUGAGUGGAUAGAUGGCAUUGCUUACAGAAAGGGAGUCGGGCAGGUAUUCAGGUCGGCAUGGGAAAGGUCGAAAGCUGAAGAUGUGCAUCUCAUUCUUGGAUGAACUGCUUUGGAGACACUCCAUUGGAUGAUGGUUUGAUGAUGAUAUGAAAUAAAAUUUCCUGGAAUAAUCUCGGGUUUUGGUCAUUUAUUUUAACUUCUCCGUCAGCUCACCCUUUGUUUCCCUCAUUCUCAUUUUUCUCUUUGCUCAAUCAUUGCCCGUUGAAGAUAAGAAAAAUUGAAAUGGAUCCAGGCACUUUUGAAAUGUAGAGGUAUUUUCCCGCUACUAUCUAUGCUGCUUUCUCUUUUUGAACACAACCAACAACGAGAUCAACAUGUGAUGCCUCGCAACUUUCCGCCGAUGAAUGUCCAAAGCAAUUUCCGUUUUAAAAAUACAAUAAAAAGGAACCAGCGAAGUCCCUUAUAACCCUAGCACUGUAUACCAACCCGCAAUUCUGGUGAGAACCAUACCUCAGAAAGGUAAAGACCUCCUAAGAAAGUUACCUGGUUGUUCCUCUACGGUCUUAGAGCACAACCC